AUGCACUACAAGCCGUUCAUCUGGUUGGUGGUCUCCUUCGCGACUGGGGCACUGGCGGGCGAGAAACCUUCGGGUUUACCCCCCAUCCCUCCCGUCGGUGAGACUGCCCGAAUGCUAAUCAAGCGUCGAGGUCUCCCCAUAAAAUUGGACCAUCACCGUGAUCAAGCCUCCCGCGAUCCUCUCCACUUCGACACUACCGUACAACGUGCUUGCGCCCGCAACAACGCCGGUCUUUGCCCUUCCUGCCGCCCCUGUCCUGCCGCCCGUCACGGACGUCGCGACGUAUCUCCCUGCCACGAGCGCCGCACUCACCUCGAACCUGUACAUCACCGCGAUUCAAAUGGUUCAAAGUGUGAGUAGGCAGCGCCCUCAUCCUCGCGUAGUGGUAUAUCCGCUGAUCCAAGUCCAACCCACUUUUAGGCGAAAACUCUGAACAUCAACGGCUUGAUCGUCAAUGUUGGACAAGUCAUCCCCGACGCCUUAUGCGCGCUCGAUAACACCUGAGCCUCCCCUACGCAAUCCACGGUCGACAAGAUGGUCAAAGCAUACGAUGCCAAGAACUGCCUCGAUAGUUCGACCAACGAUACCGCCAUCAACUCGUUGCUCAAAUGCAUGUUUGCUGCCCUGUCAUGUCCGACGACCUGGACCGUGCCUCGGGAGCUGACGUAUACUGCCGAAUCUUCACAGAUGGUGGAGCCAACACUACCGUGUAUCUCUGCCCCAGUGCCGUGAUUCCAUUGAACUACCCCAUCUACUUCACCGACAAAGGCCAAGGUCUUUCCACCCGCGGCGCGCCAACCGAUUCGACCCGCGCCACAAUCGUCGUGAAGGGCAACACGCAGUCGACCGCAGUGUACGGCGCCAACGUCGGAUCGGACGGGUGCACCCUCUCUAAAAUUCAGAUCGACGGGUCUCGUCCCACCCUCGGAUGGAUGAACGGCGGACAGGCUUUGAAUGAAAUGGGUGGAACCAACUCCGGUCACGUCAUUUCCAAUAUCCGCGCUUUCGAGCCUCGCGGAUGGUCCGUUCUUCAAAGUUUGAUUGGUGAGUCCUAUGGUAAUAGUGAGCGGACGAUCAGAGAAAGGGGGGGGGGGGCGAUUGCUAUCGAAGCGCAGAGACCGAGAUGCCGAAACCGAGAAACACGCAGAUAAUGAAACCGAGAAUGAUAGAUUCGCAGAAAUGUCCUCUUCCAAGCGGUCCUCCCCUCCGAAAGUCGCCUCCCUCCAAAGUCGGUCUGAGUCGUGUCUAGUCUAGUGGUCUCUCUCCGAACAAGAAGCGAGUCUUCCCUCCAAUGCCAGCUUCCUCCUCUUUUCCGACACUCGGCCUUCUGAUCACGCCAUACUUCGUCCUGAUCACGCCAUUCCUUGCUCCUGUCACACGGUCCCUUGCUCUGAACUUUUAUCCGCUCAUGUGACGCUAGGCCGAGUUAGCCGAAUCUGCGCUUCCCGACUAAGCGACUCCAGCCCGAUUUCCGAGACCACCGAAUUAGCCGACGCCCGCGUGAGUCGACUACCCUAAUGCAGCCGACAAGAUCGGGAGUCCCAUCUCAUUUCCGACAACAGGAGCCUCAUUUCCGACUUUGCUGCACACGACGGGAUCCCGAGUACCACAGUCCAAGUCUCUCUCUGCUGCUCUGGACGAUUUGCUGACAUACCCAAGUAAAAUAACCACAACAGCGGGAACCAACAAUGCUUGCUUCGGAACCAAGGUCUUGAACAGCCAGAUCGGCCCUGCCGGCCACGUCCCCUCCGGGGCUUCCCAAUUCCGUCGCCGCAACCACCACUCCAACAACAAGCACCACAAUCUCAAGCGCGACAGCACAGGCACCUACUCCGCCGGUCAAUGGGCCGAUGGCAUCUCGCUCGCUUGCUCUGGGUCGGUCGUGCAAGGUGAAACCAUCACCGAUGCUACGGAUGGUGGGUUCAUCAUCUUCCAAGCCCCCGGAUCGCUCGUCACCAUCAACCGCAUCAUCACCGACGAUCGUCAAUUGCUUGGCGGGAUCAACGCAGUUGAUUUCCCUCCCCAUUACCGUAACUUCACUGGAACCCAAGUGACGAACAAUGUCCUGGACGCCAGGAACUCGAUGAUGAAGAUCGAAAUCGCGAUUGGUCCCUUGUCGUGGCAGAGGUACAAUACCUCCGAUACCCGCACCUUCGACGGCGUCUUCUCCAAUAAUUAAUUCAUCUCUUCGGGUCCCAAGGGUUACUUUGGUUACGGCGUUACCGUCGCCUGUCACACCCAUGCUACAGUGCAGGGCAACAGGUUCAACGCGGCCAAUUUCGGCGGUACGGUCGGUGCGAGCUGCGAUCCCGGAAUCCCUGCUUUCGGUCCCAUGUGGAGGAACCCCUAUACAACGCUCAACACUGUCGCUCAGUCUUUGAUGAAGAACGGCUCGGCGUUCGAUGCCGCUAUUUGGUACGUUCGUAUAUGGCAGCGAAUUUGGUGAAACCCAUGGCAGGCGCUGAUCAUCUUUUCCCAUCCUCCUUCAGCAACGGCCCAGGAAACCAAACCAUCAAGGGCUUCGACGCCUGA